AUGGCGUCAUAUCUGUUUUCUAAACGUAGGUACCACAAGCUAUCUGCCCAGGUAUCACAAAAACCCCAUUCGUACAGAAGGUGUAUGGCACAGCACCAUCACUAUCUCACACAACUUCACAGGGCUCUGCCAAUAGCAGCUAGUAGGGUAAUUAACUGGUAAGAGAAGCUCUAGCAGUGACGUCCUUACCAGCCGCGGGUCACUUACUGCCCCCCCUCCCCCUCCAAUCCCUAGCCGUGCUAUGACGGCACGGACUAACCGCGUACAACACCCGGUGAACUGGGAAAUCACGGGGCUCCUUACUGGCACAGCGCGGCUGCUUUAUACAAGUACAUAUUGCCCUAUGUGUAACGGUGCAGCAGGUGUAGCAGUUUUAUAUGAAGAAAAUAAAGAGCGAUAUUUACCAAGAAUAGCGUUACGUGCUGUCACGGUCCGGUCGUCAUCCACGGAAAUUCAGCACUGA